GUCACUCAGCAGACUUCAACAUGUUCUACAAACUCUUUGUUGCGUUGUUCUCCAUCUUCCUGGUCCUCGGAUCCUCCAUGGCAGAUCCUUCUCCCGAUCCGGAACCUGGGUAUGGCUACGGUGGCCGUGGGCAUGGCGGCCACGGAGGAUAUGGACACGGCGGACACGGCGGACACGGGGGUGGCCACGGCUAUGGCGGGUAUGGUCACGGUGGACACGGUCACGGUGGACACGGCCAUGGUGGCUACGGCGGCUACGGUGGCUACGGUCACCGGAGUCACGGUUACGGCGGAUAUGGCCACCAUGGGCAUAGCCACGGCUAUGGCGGGUAUGGUCACGGUGGACACGGUCACGGUGGACACGGCCAUGGUGGCUACGGCGGCUACGGUGGCUACGGUCACCAGAGUCACGGUUACGGCGGAUAUGGCCACCAUGGCUAACUUAGACUCCGAAUCUCCUUCAUGGCGUGUGGAGAAGAUUAGCGAUUUACUUAUCAAUAUCUGCAAAUGAAUUUGGUGUCAAAAUAAGGGAAA